AUUGUCCUUCCCAAUAGCAAGCGCUGCAAAAGCACCUCACUAUUAGACAGCACCAUAGAUAGAAGUAGAACUAUUGAGUCAUUUGACAUUAGUGUCUUAGCUAGAGAGAGAGAGAGAGAGAGAGAGAACAUCCCUCACAAUCUCACAGUCGCUCCCCCACUUCUCUGAAAAAUCUCAAGAGAGAUUCAUACAUUGACAGUUCAAACGCCUCUCUUCAAUGUUGUCAUCAACAGGUAGUGACCAAACCAACUACAUCACAACCGGUACUUCAUCCAGGUCGUCCUCCUCAUCCCCAUCACCAGUUUCACAACCCUCCUCCUUCCAAACCCCACAAAGAACCAUGGAAGAGGUUUGGAAAGACAUCAAUCUCGCCUCUCUCACUGAAUCCACCACCCAAAUCAGAUCCUCCUCCUCCUCCUCACCGCUCCUUCACGUUAACCUCCCAAAUGGGACCCACCGCCGCCACCCAAACUGCAGAAAUAUGACCCUUCAAGACUUCCUUGCCAGACCCUUUGCCCAUGACUCACCAGCUGCGGCCACCGCCUUGGUAUCCUCCGCUGUCAGCCCUCCCUCUCCUCUUCCUCCAUCCUCCCUCAGGCCUCCGAGGUCCGGCUUCAUUGAUCAUCAUCAGCUAAACCCUAAUAACCUUUCUAGCAGUGUUUCUAACUCUUUCAGUGGUUGCCCAUUUGAGAGCUUGGCUGCUUCCUCCUCCGGCUUGCCUUCUUUUGGGAAUAGAUCGUUCACUGAAUCUGAUCACAGCAAUUCCGGUGGAGAUGGAAGACACAAGCGGAUGAUCAAGAACCGAGAGUCUGCUGCUCGAUCUAGGGCAAGAAAGCAGGCUUACACAAAUGAGUUGGAGCUAAAAGUUGCACUCUUGAUGGAAGAGAAUGCAAGGCUCAAAAGACAGCAAGAACAUUUAAUUGCAGCAGCGUCUCAACAACCCAAAAGGCACAAUCUCAAUCGAACAUCAACAGCUCCAUUUUGAGAAAUCUCAGUGCCUUGCUUUUUUGUUUGAAUGUCUUCCUUUUCAGUUAAGACUUAAGAAUAGUAGUACUAGUACCCAUGUUGGGGGCAUCAAUAUUUUGUGGUAAUAUGAAGAUGGUGCAUGUACCUUUUCCGUAAGUAGAUGUUUUAGGGUUAGAAUAUUCUAACGAUGACGUUUUUUGUAUUUAUGUUAAAAGAAGUAAUUCCCCAUUAAGGAACUUAAUUUGGUGUGUACU